UUCCGCAAUCCCUUGGGAUCACGUGACCGGCUUCCCGGUGUUCGCACGCGGGAGCAGCCGUCUCGUACGCGCGGAGCUGAGGCGCGAGCUGGCUGGUUGCCAUGGGAACGGGCCCGCCGCCCCUGCUGCUCCUCCUGCUGCCGCUGCUGCAGGGCCGCGGCGCGUCCGCUGCCCGGGCGGCGGGGCCCGGCCUGGAGGAGCGGCUCUUCCCACAGGUACGGGACCACUUCAGCUUCGAGACCUGUGGCAAAGAGACCUUCCAGCAGCGCUACCUGGUCUCAGCAAAGUUCUGGAACAAAGGAUUUGGACCAAUCUUUUUUUAUACUGGCAAUGAAGGUGACAUCUGGACUUUUGCUCAGAACUCUGACUUCAUAUUUGAAUUAGCAGAAGAACAGCAAGCACUAGUGAUUUUUGCUGAGCAUAGGUACUAUGGGAAGUCUCUUCCAUUUGGACUCGAGUCAACCCAGUGGAAGAAGACUGGUCUGCUCACUGUGGAACAAGCCCUAGCUGACUAUGCGGUGCUAAUUACUGAGCUCAAACAGCAGUACGGUGCCACAGACUGCCCUGUUAUUGCCUUUGGAGGCAGCUAUGGAGGAAUGUUGAGCGCUUACAUGAGGAUGAAAUACCCAAACAUUGUGGCUGGAGCAUUAGCUGCUAGUGCUCCUCUGUUGUCUGUGGCUGGACUUGGAGACCCUGCUCAGUUCUUUAGAGACGUAACUGCAGAUUUUCAGAAGUCCAGCCCAGAUUGUGUCACAGCUGUCCGCAAAGCCUUCAAGCAAAUUAAGGAUCUGUACCUGAGUGGAGCUUAUGAUAAAAUCAGCAGCAAAAUGGCCACAUGCAAUAAGAUUUCCAGCAAGGAAGAUGUUUACCAGCUUUCUGGGUUUGCUAGAAAUGCCUUCACCAUGAUGGCCAUGAUGGAUUACCCCUACAAAACUGACUUCAUGGGUCACCUCCCUGCUAAUCCAGUGAAGGUUGGUUGUGAGCAAAUCCUUGCCCACGCAGACCCAAUUCAAGGCCUGGCAGCUCUUGUUGGAGUGUUCUACAACUCCUCCGGCACGGCGCCGUGUUACAACAUCUACCAGCUGUACCGGGCCUGCGCCGACCCCACGGGCUGCGGCACUGGCUCGGCCGCUGAGGCGUGGGACUACCAGGUUUGUACUGAGAUCAACUUAACUUUCAACAGCAACAACGUGACUGAUAUGUUCCCCGAGAUGCCAUUCACAGAGGCCAUGAGAGAGCAGUACUGCCAGAGCAAAUGGCGUGUGAGUCCACGACCACGCUGGCUGCAGACAAACUUCUGGGGAGGAGAUCUGAAAAGUGCAAGCAACAUCAUUUUUUCAAACGGAGACCUGGACCCAUGGGCUGGGGGUGGGAUAAAUAGCAGCCUAAGUCCUUCACUAAUUGCAAUAACCAUUAAGGGAGGUGCUCAUCACCUGGAUCUCCGAGGACAUAAUCCAGCUGACCCCCCAUCUGUCAUUGAGGCACGCAAGCUAGAAGCAAGCAUCAUUAGUGACUGGGUAAAAUCUGCAUGGAUGGAAAAAGCACAGGAGAAGUUAUCUGGCACUUUUGCAGGUGGAUCACCAUGAAUAUAGCCACCUGGCCUCCACCUGAUGUGCUAGGCUGCCACCAUUUGUGACAGGAGGCACAAAGACCACAGCCCACUGAGCUGUGUUUGUCCUCACUGUUUGAGAAAGUGUUAUCUCCUCUGUCAAGACAGUAAGUCAUCUACCUGAAGUGUCCAAUCUGCCCCUAAUCAAGCAUCACAAGAAAAUCAAAAGGCCAAACCACUGACUGAAGCCAGAACCACUUUACAUGGGUUUCAUGCUUACUUGUAUAGAAUGAGAAGUCAUUGUAAAUGGAGAAAAGAAUAAAAGCUUGCUUGAAAGCCUUAAGAACAGUGACACUUGUACCUGUUGUGCCACAGGAAGCAUGUUUUAAUGUUGACAUAAAUACAUGAGGUAUUGUUCCUCUGAACAGGGUAUCAUCACUGUCCCUAGCAGUAUGCUUGCAAGUUGAAGUUAAAUUGGUUUUAGACAAACAAAUAAAAAUCAGAUGAUCAUA